CCAGCCCUGGACACACGACGAGACCGCGGGACGCGUUGUGUUUUCUCCGCUCACACACGAGGGAUUGAUCCAAUGUAUUAUUUACGACCGAAACUUCAGCAACUUAUCCACUGGAUAUGGCUCCCGGUUUGAGGAGUGGGCGGACAGGUCACCCCAAAGUGGUGGGAGCCGGCGGAGCGGACCCCGGUGGGUGCUCGCCGCAAAGGACGGAUGCCGGAGAAGAGGGGAGAUGUUUGAGGAGCGGGUGGCGAGCCGGAGCAGCGGGGAUGUUUGCAAACUGCCUGCUGUCUGUGGGAAUGCUUUCACUUCUUGUCCGGUGCGCUUUGGCCGCAGAGGAAAAAUCCACCUAUGAUGCCUCUGGCUCCUCGUCUCUACCAAGCGACCCCGCAGCCACAGCUGCUCCUGUUCACCCAUUGACUGACCUGUCGGUGGCGGAGGAGGUGCCUUUCUCAGCCGUCCAUUCAGAUGGUGACUCAGAGUCUGAGGGGGAAGGUCUAUCAGGGCAGCCCGCCUUUUCUUCUGUCUUAACCGUCAUGGCAGGAACCGUCAAACAUCCAGUGAGCCUUGAUCAAAGUAGAACCUCGCCGACUGUCACCGGGGACGAGACCCACACCACCCAAUGGCCUUCACAUAGUUCCAGCCAUGGCUCGGAGAUGUCCUCCUCAUUGUCGUAUGUGGGAGAUAGGAUCCUCUCUGCGAGCUCAGAGGCGGGGGCGGAAGAGUUAAACGCUGGAACAUCCAGAGCAGUUGCGCUCACUUUCCCCAAAGAAAAAGAGGCCAGUCUAGCCCCCUCUCAGUCAGUCAGAAUUAUGCUUUCUGCUGGGCCCACUGAGAGGACAUCUCAGGUACCACCUCUGACCCCUCGACAGGACACCACAACAGCCUCUGCGAAGCUCGCCACCACAACUGCAGCUUCAGCCGCCAAAACUAAAAAUCCCACCACCACUACCAUGCCUCCAACCGCUGGAACCGCGCAGUCUACCACCACUACCACACAACAGCCCACACCUGCUACCAGGAGAACGACCACCACCACAACCAUCAGGACCCAAACCAGCAGGAGAACCUUUACUCCACAUGUCCUGAGAACAAGUCCUCCCAGGGGUGCCACCACCAUCUUCAUCUCCCCUUUCACCACCACCACAGAGGCUCCGCCACAGCAGUGCAACAUCACAGAGAGAAUGUGGGUGAAAACAGUUGUUUCCAUCUAUGUGAGAAGAAACAGGCUGGACAGCAUCCAGAGGCAGAACCUGCGGCGGGGACUCAGCCAGGGCCUCCGAAAAGCUCUGAAUGAUUCUUCUGCUCAAGCACAGGUGGAGACUGUAUUUGGCUCUCCCAACAUGACAGUGGCUUAUCACGUGACUGGAGGGGACAUGGUUUACCCCCCCUCUGUAGUGCUGCAAGGCUUGGACUCCUAUGGCCGUGAUAAGCUGAUUGCAGACCUGCGACAGUACCUCCCUAUGGUAACAGCCCUGCCCCUCCCAGCUACGUUAUGGAGAACCAGCCCAGCCACUGGCUUCCAGCUGAAAACAGUGCUGCAGUUUGUGGGAGCAGGUGAUAAUCCUCGAUCCUGUCGUUUCUCUCAAAUGAUGGAACAGAGGCUCGAGAAGGUGUUUUCAGAAGCACAGGCCAAAGUGCUCAGCACUAACAACAGGCUUUCUGUUCAGAUGCUGAGUGUCACCCAGGCAGCAGGCUCUCCUGCUGUGUCAUUGGUCUACACUGUGAGUAAUGGCACUGUCUUCCUAAACGGCACCACUGCCUCAAAUCUCCUUGGUCAGCUGUCAGCUGAGCUGGUGGGCUACUUCCUCUUCUAUCCACCACUUAUCAUUGCUGAGCCACUGGAGUAUCACAAUCUGAACACCUCCAUUGCAACCAGAGACUUUUGGGUUAUCACAGUGAUCCAGGAUGUGGAUAACGCCAGCCUGGAGGGACAGUACCAAAGCUUUGCCAGUUUGAUGGAGCAGCGGCUGGCAGAGUUGUUUGUGUUGGCAGGCCAGCAGGGCACUCGUUUUAGACGAGCCACUGCUGUAGGCAGCUACACUGUGCAGAUGGUGAGCAUCCGUAGGGUGUCAGGUUUGAAGAAUCCAGCAGAGAUGACCUACUACGUCCAGCACAACGGCAUUCCUCUAACGGGCACGUCAGCUGCCAAAGUCCUGAACACAGUGGACUCUCAGACCAUGGCGCUCACCCUGGGCUACUUUGUCCAGCUGCAAGCAGAACCCGUGGUCAAGAACCCUCCUAAUAACCUUUGGAUAAUCGCUGCAGUCUUGGCCCCCAUCGCUGUAGUAACACUCAUUAUAAUCAUCAUCACAGCUGUGCUGUGCAGGAAGAAUAAAAAUGACUUCAAAGCUGAUGCCAUUGGCAACCUCAAUCCUCGAGCUAAGAUGGCGUAUCGGAGAGACGUUGGCUAUUAUCACCAGCCAGUCCAGGGUUUUGACUAUGCCAAACAGCAUCUGGGACAACAGGGAGGAGAUGAAGAGACUCUUCCUGUCAGUCAGGAUACCUUAGUGAUGUCCCUACAAAUUCGGGACACACCACUUUCACUUGAAAAGGCCCUGCAGCAAGACGGAACUGCCAACAAGAAAAGCCUCACUGCUGACAGACACAAAAGCAAGUUGCCGAGUGAGGACGGUUCCGUCAUCAGCAACGAAUCAGAGAAGCUGAAUUCCAGCAGGGGCUUGACAGUGCCGAAAGUCACAGCACAGCAGAAACUGACAAAGGAGGAGACGCACAAGAGGGAUGAUCCAUAUGACACCUCCUCUGGCUCCCUGCAGCUCAUCUCCAUAAAGCCCAUGGUGGCUCAGCCUAACUACUCACACCCUGCAUCGUCUGACCGCAGCCAGGACUCAGCCAUUGUCAAUGGAGAGGUGAACUUGGCUCUGAAGCAGAAGUCAGACAUUGAGCACUACAGGAACAAGCUGAGGCUGAAGGCUAAGAGGAAGGGCUAUUAUGAUUUCCCCUCCACCGACGGCAGCAGCAGCAGUCGAGCCCUGGCGCAGAGACAGCGGCACAGUCAUGAGAGGGCAGCCGGUGAGCAUGGCAGACCACUGGAGCCUGAUGAUGAGCGAGGUUCCACUUAUGUCAAGUCUCACAGGAGGCACUCCCAGGUAGGGCAGACGGCAUAUCGCAGCAGACAGAGUCUGAGCAGUCCAAGUCCCGGAGGAACAGAGAUGGACCUGCUUGUUAUGAGGGAGAGACCCAGGAGAGGCAUCCGCAACAGUGGCUACGAUACGGAGCCUGAGUUGAUAGAAGAGACAAAUGUUGACCGUCUAAUGGGGCCGCGGGGAUACAUGUAUGGCCGGGGCUUGAAAGGCCACUCAGAGACAUCCACUCUGAGCUCACAGCCGUCCAUUGAUGAAGUGCGACAGCAGAUGCACCUGCUGCUGGAGGAAGCAUUCAGCCUGGCUUCAGGGGGACAGUCCACGUCCGGAAGGCAGUCCCACCACCACCACCACCACCAACAGCAACAACAACAACAACAACAACAACCCCCUCCUGACCACUACAACCCUGCACCGCCUCCCCUCCCUUAUGCAGAUGUGGUGACCAGCGCUCCGGGCACGAUGAGCUGCGGACGGGGGGGCCUGCAGUGGGUACCAUCUUAUGGUGCAGACGUGUAUCAGUGCAGCCUGCCUAAACCAGCCUUUCGCUUCACCCAGCUCCCUGAGAUGGCCAUGGGUUCUCCUCCCCCUUUACCACCUCGCACUGGACCUCCUCCUGGGACCUCCUUAAGACGUUCCACUUCUGACCUGGGGCCUAAGGGAAGGAGCUCAGAGACAUCUGUCACUGAAAUGCAAAGUCAACAUGACAACAACCCAUAUGGGCUAACCACUAGAGCAGCACUUCCAUCUAUCACUGCAGAGCAGCCUGUGUCAAACUACUCAGGAAACCCAAUAACAGCUGUCUACGCCAUCCCAGCCUCCAGGCCCGGCUACUCAGAAUACUUUGUCUCCACACCACCCACCUCCUACCAUAGUCCCUCUUGGAUGUCCUAUCCACCUGAGCCUGAGGAUGUGCCGCCCCAGUGGGCAGACUCUGUGCCCCUGCCUGGGUAUGUAGAGGCUUUUCCUCAUCCUCGCUACCCACAGGGGAGCCCCACCAGGCUGUCCCUGGAGUAUAACCAGGCACUGGAGCAGCCUCCCGUUGCCCCUAGCACAGCCUCCCAGCAAAGCCUGCCCAAGGUGGUGAAGGACAUGGACAGCAUGCCCCUGAGCAGCCUCUCCACCUCUGCACUCGUGCAGGCUAUCCGGCAGGAGGUGGCCAAGCUGGCGAAGAAACAAAAUGACAUGUUUGAGUUUUGAUUCUGUCCCCUUGUGUGCAGGAGAAGGUUAACUGUGCAUUGGUCUCCAACAGAGGCACACUAAGGUGGUACUCCAGACUGAUUUUUGAUGUUUGUAUUGUAAAAUGAACUGAUCGUCUUACCCACUGAUUGAUUUCUUUUCAUGUACUGUUGCUGUUUUUCAGCUCCUGACUUAAAGGAAUGGAAAAUGCUUUAUCUUUUUUUUUUUUUUUAUUUGUUUUAUUUUUUUUUUAGAAAAAAACGAACAUCCUCUAUUGAUGAUGUCCCAAGUAACUACAUGCAUCUCUUCUUUGUAGAUAUGUCAAUAGGAUACGCUAAAUAUGGAAAACGUAAUUUUUUCCAGCAUUAGACAUUUUUUGUGAAUCAGCAUCAGUUGAGAAGAGAGAAAAAGUAGCAUUAUUGUCUGUACUGAGAGGACCAAAUACUUCCUGUCAGAUGUUAAGUAUAAACCACAGUGUAUAUGAGCAUGUACAGUAUAAGGACAUCAUGUAUCUUCUCUCCUUUUAUAGACCAUUGACUUCAAAAAGACUGGGUACAUGAAUAUCAGUUCAAACCAAAUCAGACUACCACACCACUUAUUUAAAAUUCUUUAUUUUCAUAUCACAUGUCAACACCAUAAAAAUAACAAACACUGACUGUCUUUGCUCAUCUAGUAAUGUUUUAAUUGAAUUUAAUAAAUUGAUUUAAACUAAUUCCCUUUAAUCAACAAAUGGACUCAGUCCAGGAUAUAUGUAUCCGCCUUUUUAGUUUAAACCAAUUGAUCAUGAAAUCUUAAGAUGCAUCUAUGAUGAUGAAGUGACAUAUAGAUGAAAAUGUUUGCCUUUAUGUAUCUGAAAUAGAUGGAAGCUUUAAUCCUUGCAAAUCCUUGUUUGGAUGUGCGCAAGGAACAUUGAUUUGGUUGACACUGAUAGAGAUUUUCUUUUGAAAGUAAUGGAUGGUUAUUAUAGCAUACCGUUAAUGUUGUUAAAUACUUAAAAACAUGAACUAUAUCUAUAUGUUUUUAUCUUUUCUUGAUUAAAAUGACAAAAUCUCUUUGGCCUCCAAAAACUCAAAUGGAAAAGCUUUUAAGUGAAUCAAUAUUUGCAGCUGGAUGGACAUCACAAAAGGGCAGUUCCCAGUGGUUUGAAGAUGCACACAUUUUAAUACACAUUCAACCCCGACAUCUAAGUCACAAAAUAAUUCUCUUUGCUGCCGGUAAUAGUGCCAUAGUUUCUUAUAACGGUGGGUCCAUUGUUUGUUUACUGCGCCUUAAGGCUCUUAAUGUUCUUAUUGAGUGCACUUCACAAAUCAGACCCCAAGUCCAUGUGGGUAUUUGAGCUAAUGAGAAGUCCUGCAUCAGUACUGCUGAGCUGUAAGUGCUGAUCUCUCUGUAUAAAAUUGUGGAUGCCUGCCUGAACAUUGUUUCAGAUUGAGUGUAUAGUACUUGUCCUUUUCUAAGGUGCUAUAUGCUGAGUUAGACAUUUACUAAUUGAUACAAUAGAAAAUUCAUAAUUACAAAUAGGCUUAAAAAAGUCUUCUUAACAUUAUUAAUAGAUUUUAAUUAUACCAGAAUCUCACCUCUAUAUUUUAAAUUUUACUGCCCUGAAUGAAGUUAUUUGUCAGGCAAUUAUUGAAUAUCAUAACAGAGCUUAAUAGAAAUAGCUUCCACACACCAAGUCAGGUAAGAAAUAACCUAUGAAAAAAAAUCAAAAAUAUCAACAUAAAUAGAACUUAAAUUAGAUAGAAUGAAAGACAGUCUGUCUUUCUUUCUUCAAACAUGAAUAAAAGCAAAUGAUUAAGGAUGCGGACCCAGGAAUCAGAAGUGAUGUAAAGUGCUGGGCAGUAUAUAUUUCUUUUACAAAAUUGUGCUUACAGUUCAUGUUAAACAACAGACUGAGUGGUUAAAGCUGCUGGAGUAAAGGAGACUAGCUUUUCAAAGCUAUUCCAGUAGCAGGAAAGAGAGAGGGAGGGUGGUUGAACGCUUAAAUUAAUAUUUUAAAGGUAAGCUUAUUGCUCUUGAAUAACUCUGCUUGACAUCUUAAUCAACUUUUAAAACUAUUUCAUUUCUUUUAUCUUAAAAAUCAAACAGAUUAAGGCCAAUAGCAGGACAGUGCACAACAGAGAACUAUGAACUAUCCACUCAAACUCCUAAAACAAACGUCAUUAGAUCAUUUCACAAAUGAAAGGAAUUCAUCUUUUUUGGAACAAAGACUCAUUUUCACUGUGGCAUAAAAGCCUUCAAUAGGUUAUGAUGAGCUCUUCAUGCAGAGCUGCUGGUUUGGGGAUGGGAAUUGGGAACUGACUGCCGAUGAGUGCAUGUAGGUCUAUAGCAGGGGUGCUACAAUAUGUUUGCAUAAACAAGCAAGUGAGAUGCUAUACAUUGCCUAAUUUUUCUAUAUUAUUGCAAAUCACAUGGAGCUCUUUGCUGAUUAUUAUAAUCAAUUCUGUCAUAGGAAAACUCUCAAGUGUGGCAUAAGAAAGACAACUAUGAGUGAAAAUGCCUUUAAAUCAUUAUUUCCUUCUGUAAAACAGUAUUGCUAUUACAGUUGUACUGGAUGAAAUUAGUCAUUUUGCAUAAUGACUUUUGAACAAACCCGCCCUCUCUUAAAAAAAAUUUUUCUUUUAUACUCAUGCCUGUUGGUGUGUAAGUAGGUACAAGGAAAUACUGUAUGUCUUAAACUCAACAAGAAUUAUGUUGUUGCUUGUUUUCCCAAGAUUCAUUUUACUCAUUAUUCAGAGGAGCACUUAAUGUCUUAAGAACUGUACUAAAUACAGUGAAACCAUUUUUGUGUAUACCAGAAGUGAACACCUUUCCACAUUCUCAUGCUGGAUAAUUGAGAAACCUUAGUGAUAUUAAAUAAAAGGGUUUAAGGUGGUUUAUUGGUUUAUAAAAAUGAAUGAGUAUUUAUUCUAGAAAAUGAAGUAUGAAGUGAGCUAAACCUAUUAAACAUCCGUGUCUUUUUGUC